CUGAGACCUCGCCAAGGCGGCGGGCGCGGCUGGCUGCCCGGCUCCGGCUCAAGGCCCACUGGCUCCUGAUGGCAGUCGGGAAGGUCCUGGCCGUUGCUCUGUUGGCGCUGGCAGGGAUCACCCUGCCAUCCGCCUUCUCCAGCACGUACUUCCUGGUCUUCGUGGGCCUCUGCACGUGGUGGGCCUGCCAUUUCCCCAUCAGCCAGAUGGGCUUCAACGUCUUGUGCGUCGUGGUGGACGUCUAUGCCGGAGGACACCUCAUCUGUCUCUAUGGCUACCAGACCCCCUUUAUGCAAGAGACCCUUCCACCCGACGAUCUCUGGGCACGGUUGUUUGGCUUGAAGGAUAUCAUCCAGCACGAGGCCUGCAGCAAGCCCAACGCCCUGCUCCUCAACGUUGACCUCCCGUGGCCUGUGUACGCCAACCCGGGGAUUUUGCUGGUGCUCUAUUACGUCUUGGCCACCCUGGUGAAGCUCAGCAGGUCCCAUGCCUAUGACCAGAGGAGGGAUGUUCCGGAUUCAGCGUCAGACUUGCUGGAGCUGGAGAAUUGGCCCAGGGACCAAGAUGGCCUGGCUGAAGACGCCAAGCCAAUGCUGGCUUCUGCGGCUGACCCUGAGAACUGCACGGUGCACGUGAUUGGAGAAGCCGACCCACCAGCCGGCAGAAAACGAGAACGGCGGAAGGAGAAGCAGCUGCUGCAGUCGCUGGGCCACGUGGUCAUGAACCAAAGCUAUGUCUGCGCCCUCAUUGCCAUGAUGGUCUGGAGCAUCACCUACCACAGCUGGCUGACCUUUGUGCUGCUGCUCUGGGCGUGCCUCAUCUGGAUUGUGCGGAACAGGCACCACUUUGCCAUGCUCUGCUCCCCCUUCAUCCUCCUCUAUGGGAUUGCCCUCUGCAGCCUGCAGUACGUCUGGGGCAUGGACUUGGAGAAGGAGCUGCCUACCAAGGUUGGCUUCAUGAGGCUGGAGCAGCUGGGCCUGGCACACCCCAAAUACCCCUGCUUAUCCCUCGGAGCCAAGCUCCUAUACACCCUGACCUUCUGGCUCCUGCUGCGGCAGUUUGUGAAGGAAAAGCUGCUCAAGAAGAAGCCCCCGCUGGCCCCCUUGGUGGAAGUGACUGUGGCAAACUCUGGGCCGGGCCGCAAGCGGGAUGUGCUGAAGACCCUGGGGGCUUACGUGACGGGCUUCUACGCCAAGUUCUGGAUCUUGGUUUGUGCCGGCAUGUUCAUCGUGGUCAGCUUUGCGGGCCGCCUGGUGGUCUACAAGAUCGUCUACAUGCUGCUCUUCCUCCUCUGCCUCACUGUCUUCCAGGUAUACUACAGCCUCUGGCGAAAGCUCCUCAAGGCCUUCUGGUGGUUCGUGGUGGCUUACACCAUGUUGGUGCUCAUUGCUGUCUACACCUUCCAGUUUGAGGAUUUCCCCAUGUACUGGCGCAACCUCACGGGCUUCACCGACGAGCAGCUAGGAGACCUGGGCCUGGAACAGUUCACCGUGACGGAGCUCUUCUCCAGCAUCUUCAUCCCUGGCUUCUUCCUGCUGGCUUGUAUCCUGCAGUUGCACUAUUUCCACCGCCCUUUCAUGCGCAUCACCGAUCUGGAGCGCGCGACUGCGCCAGAGCUGCGUGACUCACAGGCCCUGGGAAAUGAAGAUGUUAGUGGGAGUUGUGCUCUGCUCCCGCCCGAGGACGGAGAGGCCGAAGGCCACGAAGCCAAAGAUACUGCCGAUGCUGCGUCUCAAGGGGGGGUGCCCAGCAAGUGGGGCCUGGUGCUGAAGCGCUUGACGGUGCUGGGAGAGAAGUUCUCCAAGAUUGUCGGCCGCAUCCAGGUCUUCGUGCUGCGCCUGCUCGAACUGCACAUCCUCAAGCUGGUGGCGCUCUACAUCGUCUGGGUGGCACUGCAGGAGGUGUCGGUGAUGAAUUUCCUGCUGGUGGUGUUCUGGGCCUUUGCCAUGCCCUACAUCCGCUUCCGCCACAUGGCUUCCUGCCUCUCCACCAUCUGGGUCUGCAUCAUCAUCGUCUGCAAGAUGCUCUAUCAGCUGAAGAUUGUCAAUCCGAAUGUGUAUGCCAGUAACUGCACCGAGCCAACCGCCCCCAACGGCACCAACCUCUUGCCAGAAGAGAUCAGCAACUCCACACUCUACAGGGACCCCGUCGAUCCAGCCAACUGGUUCGGCAUCCGCAAGGGCUACCCCAACCUGGGCUACAUCCAGAACCACCUGCAGGUGCUAGUGCUGCUGGUCUUCGAGGCCAUCGUGUACCGGCAGCAGGAGUACUUCCGCAGGCGACACCAGCUGCUGCCCCCACCCACCCAGACAGUCUUCGAGGGGACCACGCGGCAGACCCUGGACCGGGACUUGUUGCAGUGCGGCAAAUACUUCAUCAACUACUUCUUCUACAAGUUCGGCCUGGAGAUAUGUUUCCUGAUGACGGUGAAUGUGAUUGGCCAGCGCAUGAACUUCAUGGUGAUCUUUCAUGGCUGCUGGCUGGUGGUCAUCCUGACGCGCCGGAGGCGGCGUGCCAUUGCCCAGCUUUGGCCCAAUUACUGCCUCUUCCUGGCCCUCUUCCUGAUCUUCCAGUACCUCCUCUGUGUCGGCAUUCCUCCAGCACUCUGCAAGGACUACCCAUGGAGGUGGAGCCAGGCCAUCCCUGUUAACUCCGUUCUCAUCAAGUGGAUGUACCUUCCAGACUUCUACAUGAAGCCCAAUUCCAUCAAUCUCAUGAGUGAUUUUCUGCUCCUCCUCUGCGCCUCACAGCAGUGGAAGGUUUUUGUGGAUGAGCAGACCGAGGAGUGGGUGCGCUUAGCCGGUGACAACACAGAGCAACUGGAGCCGCUGGAGGAGAAGCCAAACCCGGUGCCCAACUUCAUCAACUGCAGGUCCUACCUGGACAUGCUGAAGGUGUGUGUCUUCCACUACCUCUUUUGGCUGGUGCUGGUGGUCGUCUUCAUCGCGGGGGCCACCCGCAUCAGUAUCUUUGGCCUGGGCUACCUGACGGCCUGCUUCUACCUGCUGCUCUUCGGAACGGCCCUGCUGCGGCGGCCCCUCAAGGCCCGCCUGGUGCUGUGGGACUGCCUCAUCCUCUACAACGUCACCGUCAUCAUAGCCAAGAACCUGCUCUCACUCCUGUCCUGCGUCUUCGUCCAGCAAAUGCAGAGCAACUUCUGCUGGGUCAUUCAGCUCUUCAGCCUCGCCUGCACCGUCAAGGGAUACUACGACCCCAAGGAUGUGGAGAAGAAGGAGGACUGCACGCUGCCCGUGGAAGAAGCAGGCAUCAUCUGGGACAGCAUCUGCUUCUUCUUCCUGCUCCUCCAACGCAGGGUCUUCCUCAGCUUCUACUUCCUGCACGUGGUGGCAGAUCUCCAGGCCUCGGCCCUGCAAGCCUCCAGGGGCUUUGCUCUUUUCAAGGCCAGGAUGCUGAAGAGAAUGAGCUCCCACCGCCGGGCUGAGAUGAAGUCUCUCGUCCAACUCAAGCGCCAGAUGGAGCGGAUCCGGGCCAAGCAGGAGAAGUACCACCUGGGACAGCGUGCAACAGAGUCUGAAGAGGCCCUGGAGGGAGACCAGCCAGAGACAGGUGCCAAGAAGGACCCUUCCCACCAGAGGAAGCACUGGUGGCGGCCCUGGCAGGACCAUGCCACAGUAUUGCACUCGGGGGACUAUUUCUUGUUCGAGACGGACAGCGAAGAAGAUGAGGAGUCGGUUCUGGAGGAUCAGAGGCCGCCGAAGCAGAGCGCCUUCCAGCUGGCCUACCAGGCCUGGGUGACCAAUGCCAAGUCCGCACUGAAGGAGCGGCAGAAGCAGGAGAAGGAGCAGCGGGCGCUGGAGCAGGUGGAAGGUGAUGUGAGCAAACCCCAGGGAAGUGGGUUGCCUGGGCCCAGCAGCCAAGAAGAGGAGGAGGAGGAGGAAGAAGAAGAAGAGGAAGAAGCAGUUCCAGAGAAGAGCAACGUCGUGCAGCGGGUGCUGAACGUGCUGCGUUUUCUGUGGGUGCUCUGUCAAGCCACGGUGGAGGGCCUGACCCAGUGGCUGCGGGCCUUUACCAAGGAGCACGAGCAGCUGUCCACCGUGCUGGGCCUGGAGAGAUAUGUGCUCACCCAGCAACUGGAUCAGGCUGAGGAGGUGCAGAGGGGGUUCCUGGACGAGCUGUAUCAACCGGUGGCGGCUGUGGACGAAACUUUGGAGGAGACCGCCUUACCUGGAACCGCGGCAGAGUCUCCAAACAGCAUGGCUUCCAGCGGGUGCGAAGGGGCAGAUGUGCUCAGCACGGAUACCACUGGCUAUGGCACCCGGAGCGCCAGCGAGGAGCAGCUCACGGCCAUGGGCUCCCGGGACGAUGUGGGGCUCCUCCCCAGCAGCUCCCAAGAACUGCUCGCCCACCCCCCGGCCCGGCCUCGCACGGCCAGCGAGUUGCUGCUGAGCAGACGCGUCUCCUUGGAGGAGCUGGAGGAGUCGGAGCGCUUCUAUGCCUCGCAGAAUCGCUUCCUGCAGCUGCUGCUGGCCUGCUACCACUUCGUGGCGGCCCAUUCGGACCUGCUGUGCUACUUCGUCAUCGUCCUCAACAACAUGGUGACGGCCUCGGUCAUCUCUCUGGUGCUGCCCGUCCUCACCUUCCUGUGGGCCAUGCUCUCCCUCCCCCGGCCCAGCAAGCGCUUCUGGAUGACGGCCAUCGUGUACACCGAGGUGAUGGUGGUAGUGAAAUACCUCUUCCAGUUUGGCUUCUUCCCCUGGAAUAGCUACUCGACUCUGGUGCGCCAGGAGGCCAAACCCUUUUUCCCGCCCCGCAUCCUGGGUCUGGAGAAGACAGACAGCUACCUCAAGUAUGACCUAAUCCAGCUGAUGGUGCUCUUCUUCCACCGGUCGCUGCUCCUGAGUUAUGGUCUGUGGGAUCACGAGGAAAACGUCUUGGCCAAACCUCAGCCAGAAGAGGCUGAACUGCCGGUUUCGACAGAGAGCGCGGAUGCGGCCGAGCCCCUGCCACAAGCUGAUACGGAAGCAGAGAAAGUGGUGGGGCUGGAGCCCAAGGGAAUCCGCUCGCGAUUUAGGAAGAAAAAGGCCAAGAAGCGGAGAAAGGAGCAGGAAGAACAAGUGGCAGAAGAGGAGUCAGGGGAGCAGCCGCAGGAGAAGGAGCAGGAGGAGGAGGAAAAGAAGUCAAGCCCAGCCCAGGAAAAACUGAAGGCUGCUGGACGCCGAGCAAAACGUGUCUGCGUUUCUGCGGUGCAGGUUGUGUACCAGCCAGUGAGGCAGUUCUUCUGGGACAUUCUGCACAGUGAAUACCGGGCCGCCACCGACGUCUACGCUCUCAUGUUCCUGGCUGACGUGGUCGAUUUUAUCAUCAUCAUCUUUGGGUUCUGGGCCUUUGGGAAACACUCGGCCGCAGCGGACAUCACAUCCUCCCUCUCGGAUGACCAAGUGCCAGAGGCCUUCCUGGUGAUGCUGCUGAUCCAGUUCUCCACCAUGGUCAUCGACCGGGCCCUCUACCUGCGCAAGAGCGUCUUGGGCAAGCUGCUCUUCCAGAUCAUCCUGGUCUUCGGCAUCCACCUCUGGAUGUUUUUCAUCUUGCCUGCAGUCACGGAGAGGAUGUUCAGCUUGAAUACAGUGGCCCAGCUGUGGUACUUCGUGAAGUGCAUUUACUUCGCUCUGUCGGCCUACCAGAUCCGCUGCGGCUACCCCACUCGCAUCCUGGGCAACUUCCUCACCAAGAAAUACAACCACCUCAACCUCUUCCUCUUCCAAGGCUUCCGGCUGGUGCCUUUCCUGGUGGAGCUGCGGGCCGUCAUGGAUUGGGUCUGGACGGACACCACCCUCUCCCUCUCGGACUGGAUGUGCGUGGAAGACAUCUACGCCAACAUCUUCAUCAUCAAGUGCAGCCGCGAGACUGAGAAGAAGUACCCACAGCCCAAGGGGCAGAAGAAGAAGAAGAUCGUCAAGUACGGCAUGGGAGGGCUGAUCAUCCUCUUCCUCAUCUGCAUCAUCUGGUUCCCGCUGCUCUUCAUGUCCCUCGUCCGCUCCGUGGUGGGCGUGGUCAACCACCCCAUUGAUGUCACCGUCACCCUCAAGCUGGGGGGUUAUGAGCCUCUGUUCACCAUGAGCGCCCAGCAGCAGUCGAUCCAGGCCUUCACCCCCAAGGAUUACGAAGCGCUGACGGACAAGUUUGAACGGGAGCCAGUGGCUAUGCAGUUCAUUUCCCUCUACGGCUACGAGGAUUUGGUGAAGGCCCGCAUCGAGGGGAGCUCCGGCUCACUCUGGAGCAUCAGCCCGCCCAGCCGGGAGCAGCUGCGCGAAGAGCUGCACAGCGGAUCCUCCGACAUUACUCUGCGCUUUACUUGGAGCUUCCAGAGGGACCUUGGCAAGGGGGGCACCGUGGAGUACACCUCCGAGAAGCACACGAUGGACCUGAAGCCAAACAGCACCGAGCGGAGGAAUCUGGCCGGGCUGCUGCAGGGCACCCACGAGGCCCCUGUGAAAAUUCCCCACCUUUUCCCUCCCUACAUCCGUGCUCCCAAUGGCCCGGAGGCCAACCCUGUAAAGCAGCUGCUGCCAGAGGAAGAGGACAGCUAUUCGGACGUGGAAGUACAGCUGAAACGGCAGAGGGUGGGGCCGGGCAACAGCAGCAACAGCUUCCUGGAGUGGUGGGUGAUCCGGCUGGCCAACUGUCAGCGGGAGGACUGCAGAAUCCUGCCCAUGGUCAUCUUCAGCGACAAAGUCAGCCCUCCCAGCCUGGGCUUCCUGGCAGGAUACGGCAUCAUGGGCCUGUACGUCUCCAUCGUGCUGGUGAUCGGCAAGUUUGUGCGGGGCUUCUUCAGCGAAAUCUCCCACUCCAUCAUGUUCGAGGAGCUGCCCUGCGUGGACCGCAUCCUCAAGCUGUGCCACGACAUCUUCCUGGUGCGCGAGACAGGCGAGCUGGAACUGGAAGAGGAACUCUACGCCAAGCUCAUCUUCUUGUACCGCUCGCCCGAGACGAUGAUCAAGUGGACCCGGGAGAAGGAGUGAGACGCCUGCAG